CAACUGGAGGACAUAGAAACGGACCAGGGUGACGACGGUCACUGUAACUUGUACGGAAACGCCGAGUUGUACCGCGGAACGGAGGUGUGACGUUGACGGGUCGGAGACAGCGCAGCGCCGCCACGGGGCUGGCAUGGAACUAAGCAGCCCGCUUUGAAGGCUCCACUGUGGCUGUAUUUUUGCCCCUCCAGCCUGAGCUGCGUAGUCGAGCGAAGCCCCAUGUUCUCUCCAAGCCAAGAGGAGCAGAGUUCCCCCAGUAAAGAGCCGGUCAAGUACGGGGAGCUGGUGGUGCUGGGAUACAAUGGCUCCCUGCCCAACGGAGACCGGGGCCGCAGGAAAAGCAGGUUUGCGUUAUACCGCAGAGCCAAAGCCAACGGUGUCAAACCCAGCACUGUGCACAUCCUGAACUCUCCGCAGGCGAGCAAGGCGGUGAACUGCAGGGGGCAGCACAGCAUCUCCUACACGCUCUCCCGGAACCAAACUGUGGUUGUUGAAUACUGCCAUGACAAAGACACAGACAUGUUCCAGAUUGGCCGUUCGACAGAGAGCCCCAUCGACUUUGUUGUGACGGACACAGUAUCUGGGUGUCAGGGUGGAGAAGAGACUCCCAUCACCCAGAGCACCAUCUCGCGCUUCGCCUGCCGCAUAGUUUGCGAGCGUAACCCCCCCUUCACUGCCAGGAUCUUUGCAGCUGGCUUUGACUCCUCCAAGAACAUUUUCCUUGGGGAAAAAGCAGCUAAGUGGAAGAACCCAGAUGGCCACAUGGAUGGGCUGACCACCAAUGGUGUGCUGGUGAUGCAUCCUCGUGGCGGCUUCACAGAGGAGUCGCGACCUGGUGUGUGGCGGGAAAUCUCCGUCUGUGGGGAUGUCUACACCCUCAGGGAGACUCGCUCUGCACAAACCCGCGGCAAGCUGGUGGAGAGUGAGAGUAACGUGCUGCAGGACGGCUCCCUGGUGGACCUGUGUGGUGCCACGCUGCUGUGGCGCACAGCGGACGGCCUCUUCCAUGCGCCCACACAGAAGCACCUGGAGGCACUGCGGCAGGAGAUCAAUGCGGCUCGGCCGCAGUGCCCUGUAGGCCUCAACACUCUGGCCUUCCCCAGCAUGCAGCGUAGUCGUGCCCUGGCCACACUGGAGGACAAACAGCCCUGGGUGUACCUGGCUUGCGGCCAUGUCCACGGCUACCACGACUGGGGCCACCGCUCAGAGCGGGAAUCCAACACGCAGCGCGAGUGCCCUAUGUGCCGUGCUGUCGGACCCUACGUGCCGCUCUGGCUGGGCUGCGAGCCUGCUUUCUACGUGGAUGCCGGUGCUCCCACACACGCCUUUGUGCCCUGCGGACAUGUGUGUUCCGAGAAGUCGGCCAAAUACUGGUCUGAGAUCCCACUGCCACACGGCACGCACGCCUUCCAUGCCGCCUGCCCUUUCUGCGCAGCUCCACUCAGUGUCACGCAGGGCUGCGCCAAGCUCAUCUUCCAGGGCCCCAUCGACUGAACUUAGGGCCUCGUGGCAGCUUACACUGUGAAGCUCAUGCUUUUACUUUUAUUAUUAUUUUUUUCCAUUAAUAUAACUCUCUUUAGCAGGACAAGAGGACAAAUUACUUUGUGGGACUGUACCUCUCUGUGUGAGGUCUGCUGAGUUGCUGCUGUGGGUGUGCAAGACAGUACCUAUAUCCUAAAGCGCGUGGCUUUUUCGGCAUAAGUCAGACCCACAGCAACCGAAUUCCAUUUUUUUUUAAGCUAGAUAGGGUCCUCUCAACUGGUUUAGUGCUCUUUUCCAACUAAGCUAAUAAUGCAGAGUGUUAAACUGCCAUACAUUUCUCUGUAGUAGAAGGGCUAACAUAGGGUGAAACUGUGUCAUUUCCCAUUUGCAUCGGUAGCCUGAAACAAGUGUGGCAUGAACAGCAGAGUCAUGUUGGGAAGGGAUGAACUUUACUGUGUGGUCCUCUGAAGUACAGGGACUUUUUACAGGGCCAGACAGCUGGACUGUUGGCUGGGAGUAGGUAGAAUGGAGCCAAAGGGCUUGUGGGUAGCUGG